GUGAGGAAGUGAAAAUGGCUGCGAUGGGGCAGGAGGCAGCUGGGAUGGACAGUGUUUCUCGAGUGCCUCCGUCAGUGCUCCAGCUGAGGAGCGACACCGAUACGGGAGGAGAAGAUCCCGGACACGGAGAGGAGUGUGAACAUGUAGCGCCUGCGCCGAGAAGAUCCAACAACAACAAUGAUGGUGGCGUGGAAACAGCAGAAGAAGCGACAGAGCCAGCUGAGCCUGACAUCAACGAACUCUGCAAAGAUAUGUUUGAAAAGAUGGCAGUUUUUCUGCAAGGAGAACUCACAGCCACUUGUGAGGACUAUAAACUUCUCGAGAAUAUGAACAAGCUCACCAGCCUGAAGUACAUGGAGAUGAAGGACAUUUCGAUCAACAUCAGCCGUAACUUACAAGACCUCAAUCAGAAGUAUGCGAGCUUGCAGCCAUAUCUAGACCAGAUAAACCAGAUUGAGGAACAGGUCACAGCUCUGGAGCAGGCUGCGUAUAAACUGGACAUGUACUCCAAAAAACUCGAGGCCAAGUUUAAGAAACUGGAGAAGCGCUGAGGCAUGUGUGGAAUGAUCGAGGCCCAGUUAAAGCUUUGGUUCAGAUCAGCCCUGCUUGCUUCAGGAUGCUCUCUGGGUUCCCGCUGUGCUACCGCUUCUAGUAUUCGUUGGUUUCCAAUAGGAUCCAGAAACACACCUUCAGGUUUUUUGGAUGCACACGGUUUUUUAAUGAUUAGUUCCUGGUUUUGCUCAGAUUGUGGAAAAGUCUCCAAGAAGCUUGUGCACUGGUUCACAUAAGCAUGGACAUUGUGGACUUCAGUGUUUUGAUGCGAGUCCCAUAUCCAUCCAUGUCCAGUCAUCUUGAGGCUGAUGUAUUGAAUGAAACGUGCAGCAUUGUGUGUGUGUGUGUGUGUGUGUGUGUGUGUGUGUGUGUGUGUAUGUGUGUGAGAGAGAUAACAAAUAAAGCCUGGCAAUCGACUGUAAUGGGUUAAAAAGAAUGAAUUAAAAUGUCCCUGGUAUUUGAUUUUUUUUUCUCUUUAAUAUUGUACUAAGAGCCCUUAUUUCUGUAUUAUCUCGGAUGACUGGAAAUGCAAACAUUUCUGUAAAUGUGUAGUCUUUUUCUUAAAUAAAUAAACGUUCUGGAGUUUGUGAAGGUCAAA